CUUUUCUUUUUUUUUUUCAAUUACUUUUAUAUAUAAGAAUGGUGAAUAUUGGUAUUGUUGGUGCUGGUUUAGUUGGUUCCGAAUUACUUGUCCAAUUGAAAGCCACUGGAGCCAAACGGUUAAAUGUGGUUGGUUUGACAACUUCGAAGAAAAUGGUGGUAUCUGACACGUCUUAUACUGCUCUCGAUUUGUCUCAAUGGAAGACCGAUUUACAAGAACAAGGUAUUGAAGCCAAUUUAGGUGUAUUCGCCAAGUAUCUUUCUGACGCUCCUGAUCAUGGUAUCAUUGUUGAUUGUACCGCUUCUGAUGCUGUCGCUGCAUUAUAUCCCUCAUGGCUUGAACUAGGUCUCAGUGUUGUCACUCCCAACAAGAAAGGUUUCUCCGGUCCCUUGUCCUUGUACCAAUCUAUCCAAUCCUUAGCUGGGAAUUUGAAUGGCACUGGUAAGGCGCCUUUUGCUUACUAUGAAUCCACUGUGGGUGCUGGCUUACCAGUCUUGAAUACAUUGGCUGAUUUGGUGAAUACUGGUGAUAAGGUAGAAAAAAUUGAAGGUAUUUUCUCUGGUACCCUUAGUUUUCUUUUCAACAACUUUUCUUCUCUGUCUGGUCAAGAUAAGGGCUCCUUCUCUGAAAAUGUCAAGGUCGCAAAGGAAUUGGGUUAUACUGAACCUGAUCCUCGUGAUGAUUUGAAUGGUAUGGAUGUAGCUCGCAAGGUCACUAUCUGCGGUCGUCUUGCUGGUGUCGAUUUGGAUUUAUCUACUUUACCUGUUGAAAAUAUCGUGCCUGGUCCUUUACAAUCUGUUGCCUCUGCUGAAGAAUUCAUGUCAAAACUUCCUGAAUAUGAUGAUCAUUUCGCCAAGUUGAAUGAAGAUGCCAAGAAGGAAAAUCAAGUAUUACGUUGUGUUGGUUUAGUUGAUGUUAAAGGUGGUCAAAGUGGUGUCAAGUUAUUGAAAUACCCUGGCUCUCAUCCUUUCGCAUCUCUUCAAGGUAGCGACAAUAUCAUCAAGUUCACCACUGAAUACUUCCCUAAUGGUCUCAUUAUUCAAGGUGCUGGUGCUGGUGCGGCUGUUACCUCUUUUGGUAUCUUCUCUGAUAUUUUGAAGAUUCAAGGUCGUGUAGAAUAGAGUUUUACCUUUUUCUCUUUUUGUUAUCAUUAUUGUUUAUAUGGUUAUGCUUUUCCACACACUUUAUACAUUUUAUGAAUAAAAAUAAAAAUGAAUUGACUGAUUUA